AUGAGCGAACACGGCUCCUCAGAUGGUAAUGAAAUUUACGACAUUGUCAUUGAGUGUUCCAAUCUCUUUGAAACUAUCAUCUUAUUUGAAAAUGGCGACCACAGCGGUAAUCAGCCUGCAGAUGCGUCUCAUCUUCAACCUGGCAAGAACGAUACCACGAGACGUACUAGGAUUGGACAACUUGGAAGAAGCUUCGAUUUAUGGAUAAAUUAUACAGGCGCAUUAGCUUCAAUAGAUAGAUCGCUAGAUAACCGCCUGAGGGACCAUUCGGACAUCAAAGAAAUGGUAAUGGACCUUCUCGAAAUGCUUCAUAGGAACUUGUGCUACAUCAGUAGUGGUAAUAUUUCGAAGGAGCGACAAGAACUUGAUGAGGAAGCCUGGAAGGCAACCGAAAAAUCCGUCACAGAUUUGCAUUUCAUGGCUGCAGCCAUUCGUCGUGCGUCAACCCAAAGUCAGAAAUAUGUUCUUUCAUCAACAUUUGAGCAAAACGAAGAGGCCUAUUUCGAGGAUUACGCCACCAUUCUUGCUAGGCGCGACUUUCCGAAUGCAAGGCGUUCUCUUUGUGAACAUCUGGGUGCUUCUGUUGCUGUUCGCCGUCAAAAGAUAUUUCGCAAGAAGGCACAUGAAGAGAAGCUCAGCAAGCGACGAGAGGUAACUGCGUUGGCACCGAAGGCAAGACUACAUGUAAAUGAGCCACCUCCAACAGUCAAAAUACCACAGACUCAAAAUCGAGUACAUCCAAGGAUACAGCCUCUUCGGUUUCAGGUAUUGGAGAAAAAGCACAACAUAUCUUCGAGUUCUCAUGAUUCCAGAAGCGAACUACAAAGUACGGUAGCCCGCAACUAUAUAAAGCAUGGCCCAAGCCUCUCUACUAUCAGCAGUGGAUCAUCUAUUCGUAUUGGGGCCAUCGGGUACCCUCAAAAGCCAAAGCCCUCGCUAGGCGAUAAAUAUUGUGCCUGUCCAUACUGUGCGAGGCCUUUGGAUUCAUACAAACUUGAAAAGGAUACAACGUACUGGGAAAGUCAUGUAGAUGCGGACAUACAGCCAUAUGUCUGUUUAUCUGAAGACUGUAUAUCUCCCUUUAUAUUUUUCUCUAAUAUGAGUCAAUGGCUUAGCCAUAUGGAUACCAUCCACUCAGGAGAAUGGAAUAGGAAGAUCCACAUGGGGACAUGGUACUGUAAUGUCGAUCAUGAUGGCCGAACUCAUCAAUUUAAUGAUCGUAUGGCCUUUGUUGCGCAUAUGAAAGAUGAAAAGAGCCAUCCUAGCCGACAUCCCCCCAAUGAAUCGCAAAUUGACACGUUGUCAAGGAAGAUGAAAAAGAUUCUCACUCGAGAGGAUCAGUAUGUAUGUCCUUUCUGCGAUUGUGUGCCAGCGGAAAUGGCGCCUGUUUUAAAGAGAAGUAACCAUGAAGACAUCAUGCAGCUACUAGUCAAACAUAUCGCCCAACAUGUCAAGGCAUUUACCUUCGUAUCGGUCCCCGUGUUAGCAGACGAAGACUAUGAGCAAAGGGCGUCUAUGACUCCUAGCAGUGGCGAUGAUCAAAAGGCGUCUACGACUUCUGACGAUGACUAUGAGAAAUGGCAACUUAUGAGGGAGGCUUCCAAUGCCUCUGAUUCAUCUGAUCUUGCUAACUUUGAUGAUGCUCCCCAUCUCUUGAAAGAGAACAAGCCUCUGGGUUACGUGGAGACUUAUCCUGAUACGAUUGAAACCAUGUGGAGCGAAAUCGGCGUCAAUGAUUACAAAAAUUCUCACAAUUCCCCUGCAGGACCUGCAGCAGGAAAACCAGACCCGAUUCUGGAACAUCUUGCUCAAUAUCAGUCAAGUAACUCUCUAAAGCAGGUUGGAGGUCAAGAGGACCAACUUGGUUUCGUGGAUACAGUUACAGACAACGAAGAGAGUUAUCCAAAAGGCUUCAAAAAAAGAAGCAGCGAGAUCAAUAGUAUCCCAAUGCAUCAUCCGUGGUUGGAGAGCUCAAGAGAAUUUCGAAUGAUCAUAUCAAAUCUCAGAGACGAAGACACUAAAAUACCUCCUGUUAAAAUCGCUAUUAUUGACGAUGGCAUAGAUACUACCCUGGAUAUCUUUGAUGGAAAGAUUGAAGCUAGUGUUUCAUUCUCUCCUAACUCGUUCUUGAAAAGCAAUCAUUCUAAACUAAACUAUAGGUACAGGUACUUACCACCAAGUACACUGAACCACGGCUCUCUGGUGGCAUGGCUCGUUUGCUUAAUGUGCCCAAAAGCCAAACUCUACAUCUACCGGUUAGACGAGACAGUGUCACCUACAGAAGUAAACAUGGGAGAGGAGUCUGCAAUCAAGGCAAUAGAGUGGGCCACGGAGCAGAGAGUGGAUGUCAUAUGCAUGGCUUGGACGAUUGGAAAGAGAGUCACCUACAGCGUGCAGAGGCGUUUUGACAGUGCUGUCUUUAAUGCUGAUGAUAAAGGCAUAAUCAUGGUCUCCUCGGCUGGAGAUCAGGAAGAUCAGUUUGUGAGGACAAGGCCAGGAAAGUCGGACAGGUGCAUCCGAAUAGCGGAGUCAACCCCAAUCGGUGGCGGCAUACAGUUGUAUCCCAUCGUGCACAGACUAACAGCGGACUUCUUCUUCCCGGGGAAAGCGAUCCCGCUUGGCGGCCCUGAAGGGUUUUUGUCAUGCAGCGGCGAGUCUGCUGCAACUGCAAUUGCUGCAGGAACGGCUAGCCUCAUGCUCUACCUCGAUAGAUUAGCGGAGAAAUGGGGGCGUCCUCGGGAAUGGAAUCCUCCUCUUCAAGGAAUAGCUGCCAUGAAGAGGGUGUUCGAAAGGAUGUCCCCGGGGAGAUACAAUCCUCCAAACCUCGAAAUAUUCAACAAGUUUAACGAAACGUCCUUCACAGAUAACCUUCAGGAAUCCUGCACAAAACUGAAUGAUAUACUGGCCCCCCUUAAGGCAAGUCAAACAAGCAACCUGCUCCGAACACCCAUCUUGGACUACUAA